AUGAACAAAAAACUUGAGUACAAAAAUCUAUACUUGAAACAGGAAAAACUAUUCUUUAUGCACAUUCAUUAUAAUUUAUUCUUUUUCUUUCAGUAUUAUAGUUGGUCAGAUUAUAUCUUUUUUAGAGAUAUAUUUGAGUUGAAUGAAGAAUCUGGAAAUUAUGAUAAUGAAAUUAACAUUUUUCUUAGUUCAAGGUCUAUUGACAAUAAUAUUCGUAACAAAUUUAUUGAAUAUUGUAAUCAAAUAAAAGAAUAUUUUGUGCAAUUAGAGAAUGAUAAUUCUUGCAAUAGUAAUGAUUGUUGUAAAUAUAUUAACUACUGGAUAAAUAAAAAGGUUAGGGAAAUGAAUGAACUAGAUUAUAAAAAUCCUCUGAAUAUAUUUUCAUAUUUAAAAGAUUAUAUUCAUUAUAACAAUCAUGAUAAUAAAUAUAACAUGUGUGUAAAUGAUGUCAUAUAUUUAAGGGAUGAGUAUUUUAUUAAAAUGGACAAAUUAUAUGGUGUGUAUGAUUAUUAUGAUGAACUUUUUAACCAUGUAUUUUUGAAAAUUAAUGAAAAAAUGUUAUGUAACACGUUUAUAAAAUUUGUAGAUGAAUACAAUAAUUUUUUUGAGACAUAUAUAAAAAGCAACUAUGAUUUUUUACGUCAUGAGUUAUAUAGCCUCAGAUGCUUAAUUAAAAAAUAUUUAUUAACACACAUAUCUGGUUGCUCUGAAACUUCAUAUGAAUUAUUGAAGAAUUUUCCAACGAACACAGAUGAAACCAUGUGCAUGGGAAUAACAGAAAGUGAAUACUUGCCAGAAUACUUAAGACAUAAGGAUAGUGAACGUAUGAGCACAUAUUAUAAUGAUUCUAAUAACAUAGUACCCACGAUCAUAAUAGUACUAAUUAACAUAAUUUUGGGCAUAAUUAUUUUUUUAUUUCAUAAAUUUGGGUUAAUCAAUAAAUUUUUACAUGUCACUCUCAAAAGAAAUAAAAAAAUAUGGAGAAAAAUGAAUGAUGAAUUCGACUCCUACAUAAUGCAUAAAUAUGAAAAUGAACCUAUAUAUGUGAAAGAUAAUAUGUACAAAAUAUCAUAUAUUUCGGAAAAUAGCCUUGACAUAGAUAGAUAA